AGCCAUUUGGGCUCAAGUUCGAAACGUGUGCCCCUGACGUUUCGAACUUGGACGGUGCCGAGGGGUGGCCGAAGCGUCCCUUCUGAGGCCAGGCCUCACACAUUUCCACGAUUCCCCGCAUCACUCCAGCCCCACCUUCGCUUGCCGCGAUGACCAAGAGGCGUGGAGAGCGUCGCUCCGCCGAGGACGCGCCCGCGAGGUGCGACUGGAGCCCUGCUGCAGCGGGGCGUCCGGAGAAGCAACUGCCCCGUCGUCGCUCGCCCAGCUCCUGUUCCCCAGCUCGUCGCGGUCGGAGUCGCAGCGAGGGGUUGAGCAUCCGCAGUUCCGACGACCAGAGCGCCCAGGAGCGAGCUCGCGCGCCAGACGUCGCGCCCGGCUGGUUGUCAGAGCCCAUGAACCCGGCGAAGGACACGAACAAGAACAUCGCCAAGCUGAAUGAGGACAUGCCCCAGGAGAUCGAUGGGUUGCGUUUUGCCUUGCACGUCCACGAUCAGAACGUGCAGUCGAUCAACGCGAGGUUGACCAAGGUCGAGCAGAACAGCGACGAAUCCAUCCGCGCUGCCGUCGCCACCGCCAUCGACACAAAGCUCGAGGUCAUCAGCGCCCAGAUUGAUGUACUGCGCCGACAACCUCCACUUUCCUCAGCGGCCAGCAGUGGGUCAAGCCGCACGGCUCCGACGCCCAUGGCAGGUACCAGCAUGCAGGUCAAGACGACUGACGAGCGCAAGCGGUGGGUUGGCUCUUCCCCGAGGUCCUUGACGAGAGGCCAGCGCGAAGCCCACUGGAACUCCAUCAAGGGUUAUCUUCCAUCUUCCUUACGCGAACGCGUGCAACCUCAGUUUCAUGGCGUGGCCAAGAGCUACGUGCUUGUGUUGCUCACGCCGUCUGAUGAUCGCAGUCUCUCCGGCUCGCUCCGCUCCCUGGACGUGAUCUGGGUGGGCCCGAGGGACCAGGGCCGCCAUCAAGUUCGAGUUCGACAGGACUUGCCGCUCGACGUCAGGCCCCCGCAGCGCGCGGCGAGCUCCCUCUGGGCUGGCGCCCUCGAGCUGCUGCGCAAGUCCAACCACCCCCCCGACGGGUUCAAGCUCGGCGCGAAUGGGUGCCAGGGGCUCAUGCACCUCACCAGCGAGUCCGAGGUGUGGGAGCUGUUCCAAAUCAAAGGGUCCGACGUUGCCGGGCGGACCUUCGGGCCCGUCUCCAGCAGCUGGCGCGCGUGGAGCGUCCAGGACUCAGACGCCCAGGCCCUCGUCACUCGCGCGACUGGCGAAGCCCGUGCACUUUGACAGGCGCUCGAUCGAGAACGCCAUCUGAGUCGCGCAGAUCUCCAGUCCGCCGAUGGUGAGGCGAUGGGAGCAUCGCACAGGCGAUGCGACACCUCUUUGUCUCAGCCUUUUGAGGAUUAUAUGUCCGUCCCUCUGCUGCCGCCUGCUGCAGUGUCUCUCUGCAGUAGUUCAUCUGAUGUAAGCUCAGACUCAGAUUCUAGUUGUAGUGUGUCUAGUUUCAGCUCAUCUUCCGCUGGGCCCCCAGGAGAGUUCACAGCCCCCCUCUUUCCCUUCCCCCCCCUCUCCGUUGGUCUGGAAGUGGGCACUUGGAAUACUGAUACCUUGCCUGGGGGUAUCUGGGGCGAUCAUGCCCUUCAGAGACGUACUCGUACUUCCUUCAAGUAUCUCACUACUAAGUGCGAUGCUCUCCUCCUCCAGGAAGCCCACGGGGCGAACGGAGAUCGCGACGGGCUGCGACGUCUUUGCCCUAGAUGGGUUCUGAACGGGCACCUUUUUUUUCAGGAUCGCACCGCGGGUGGCUCCGUCGCCAUGGUCUUCCGCGCAUCGCUGAGCGUUGCAUUUUCGUUGGCUGGCGCACUAUCAGAACGGGAAGAGCGGGCCGCCUCGUCCUCCGAGGUGUGCAUGGAGCGCUAGAUGUCUAC